AGAGAGAGAGCGAGAGGGCGGGGGAAAGAGCGAGACGUCGGCCGCUCUGGCCCGCGCGUCGCCGACUCGUCUCUCCCUCCCCCUCAGCUCAGGGAAGAGCGCCUACUGCGCCUGCGCGAGGAGUUGCCUGUCGUCCGUCGCAGUCGAAGGAAGCCUCGGAGGGGAGCGGAGGAGAACGAGAGCGCGAUGCAUCACUGCAAGCGCUAUCGCUCGCCUGAGCCAGAGCCCUACAUGAGCCACCGGUGGAAGAGGAGGCGGUCUCGCAGCCGGGAGCACUACGAAGGAAGGACACGGUACCCGAUUCGCCGGGAUCUCUCCAGGAGGUCACGUUCUAGGAGCCAGGACAGAAUGCCCUAUCAGCGAGGGUACAGGGACAGAACGGAGAGCGACGCCUACCGCUUCGAAGAGCCAAGCCCUUCUUUUGGAGAGGACUAUUACUCUGCUCGCCGCUCACGCCACCACCGGAGAUCACGGGAGAGGGAGCGCCACCGGACCAGGAAGCACCAGCACCGCUGCCGGAAACGCAGGACCAGGUCUUGUAGCAGUACGUCCUCGAGAAGCCAACAGAGCAAUAAGCGCAGCAGGAGCGUGGAAGAUGACAAGGAAGGUCACCUGGUGUGCAGGAUCGGCGAUUGGCUCCAAGAGCGAUACGAAAUCGUCGGGAGCCUGGGUGAAGGCACCUUUGGCAAAGUGGUGGAGUGCGUGGACCAUGCCAGAGGCAACUCUCUGGUCGCUUUGAAAAUUAUUCGAAAUGUGGGCAAAUACCGCGAAGCAGCCAGGCUAGAAAUUAAUGUCCUGAAGAAAAUUAAAGAAAAGGAUAAGGAAAACAAACAGCCUAGCCUGUGCGUCCUGAUGUCGGACUGGUUCAACUUCCACGGGCACAUGUGCAUCGCGUUUGAGCUCCUGGGCAAGAACACCUUUGAGUUCCUGAAAGAGAACAACUUCCAGCCCUACCCGCUGGCCCAGAUCCGGCACAUGGCCUUCCAGCUCUGCCACGCCUUGAAGUUUCUUCAUGACAACCAGCUAACGCACACUGACCUCAAGCCCGAAAACAUCCUGUUUGUAAACUCAGAAUUCGAUACCUUAUACAAUGAGAAAAAGGCGACUGAGCGGGGCUGGGACAUGUCUUCUCUGUUGCAGAGCUGUGAGGAGAAGUCCAUCCGGAACACGUGGAUCCGGGUGGCAGACUUUGGCAGCGCCACUUUCGACCACGAGCAUCACACCACCAUUGUGGCCACUCGGCAUUACCGGCCGCCGGAGGUGAUCUUGGAGCUGGGCUGGGCUCAGCCGUGUGAUGUCUGGAGCAUUGGUUGCAUCCUCUUUGAAUACUACCGAGGGUUCACACUUUUCCAGACUCACGAAAAUAGAGAGCACCUUGUGAUGAUGGAGAAGAUCCUUGGCUCGAUCCCUCAGCAUAUGGUCCGCAAAACACGGAAACAGAAGUAUUUUCACAAGGGGAGCCUGGUGUGGGACGAAAACACCUCUGACGGGAGAUACGUCCAAGAAAACUGUAAACCACUGCAGACGUACAUGCUGCAGGAGUCCACGGAGCACAUGCAGCUCUUCCACCUCAUGCGGCAAAUGCUGGCGUUCGACCCGGCCCAGAGGAUCACGUUUGCCGAAGCGCUGCAGCACCCGUUCUUUGCCGGCCUGUCUCCCGAGGAAAGGCGGCUGAGCUGCCGAGACUCCAGCCGGGACCUGAGCAGAUGACAGGCGCCUUGGCCCAGGAGGAGGAGGAAGGGAUCCCCGCAGGAGGUGUACAUACUCUGAAACCGGCCUGGCUGCGACUGUGGGCACCCCCCACAGCUAGGAUGCAACCUCGUCCUCAGGCCGGACUCUGGGCUUGGGAGGGGGGGCAGGGAAGAAGAGCAACUCUAAAGCACAGAUUGGCCCCAUAUAUUUAUAUGUUGUAAAGUUGAAAUAAAGUGUUUCAUAUUGUUUGAUAACUGA